AGGGGGAGAAACACCAUGGAGCCUACUUCUCCCCAGGAUGAUGUGAAGAAGAGGCAACAGAAGGACAAGUCCAAGAAGCCGGUACCGCCAGCAGCUCCCCGGCCAGCCAGGGCUCUGUUGUGCUUAACCCUGGAAAACCCACUGCGGAAGGCGUGCAUCAGCAUCGUGGAGUGGAAACCCUUCGAGAUCAUCAUCCUCCUGACCAUCUUUGCCAACUGUGUUGCACUGGCCAUCUACCUGCCAAUGCCUGAGGACGACACCAACGUUGCCAACUCCAGCCUGGAGAAGAUCGAAUACGCCUUCCUGAUCUUCUUUGCCAUUGAGGCAAUGCUCAAGAUAAUUGCCUACGGGUUUCUUUUCCACACGGAUGCCUAUCUCCGAAACGGCUGGAACGUGCUCGACUUCUCCAUCGUGUCCCUGGGGCUUAUCACCAUGACCUUGGAGCAGGUCAAUGCGAAGCAGGGAGGGACUUCAGGGGGAAAAGGCGGCUUUGACGUGAAGGCCCUGCGAGCGUUUCGUGUGCUGAGACCCCUGCGCCUGGUGUCCGGAGUGCCGAGCCUUCAGGUCGUCCUGAACUCCAUCAUCAAGGCCAUGGUGCCCCUGCUCCACAUCGCCCUGCUGGUCCUCUUCAUGAUCAUCAUCUAUGCCAUAGUUGGGCAAGAGCUCUUCAAGGGCAAGAUGCACAAGACCUGCUACUAUCUCGGGACAGAUGUGAUUGCCACGGUGGCAUCAGAGAAGCCAGCCCCAUGCACCAGCUCUGGCCACGGGCGACACUGCACCAUCAAUGGCACUGAAUGCCGAAGCGGCUGGCCGGGGCCCAACGACGGCAUUACUCACUUCGACAACUUCGGCUUUGCCAUGCUGACUGUCUAUCAGUGCAUCACCAUGGAGGGCUGGACCGAAGUCCUCUACUGGGUGAAUGAUGCCAUUGGGAAUGAAUGGCCCUGGAUCUACUUUGUCAGCCUUAUCUUGCUUGGCUCCUUCUUCGUCCUCAACCUGGUGCUGGGGGUGCUCAGUGGCGAGUUCACCAAAGAGCGUGAGAAGGCCAAGUCACGGGGCACGUUUCAGAAGCUGAGGGAGAAGCAGCAGCUGGAGGAGGAUCUGAAGGGCUACAUGGACUGGAUCACCCACGCGGAGGUCAUGGACAGUGACCGGACCAGGGGAGAAGGUAUGAUGCCAUCGGAUGAAGGAGGGUCAGAGACGGAGAGCUUGUAUGAAAUUGAAGGCAUGAACAAGUGGAUUCUCUACUUCCGUCAGUGGAGGCGUUGGAACCGAAUGUUUCGUAGGAAGUGCAGGGACGUGGUGAAGUCCAAGUUCUUCUACUGGCUUGUCAUCCUGCUGGUGGCCCUGAACACCCUCUCCAUCGCUUCUGAGCACCACUUCCAGCCAGAAUGGCUGACACGGGUGCAAGACAAUGCCAACUGGGUGCUGCUAGCACUCUUUGUGGCUGAGAUGCUGCUGAAGAUGUACGCACUGGGCCUGCGCCAGUACUUCAUGUCGCUCUUCAACCGCUUCGACUGCUUUGUGGUGUGCGCGGGGAUCUUGGAGGCCAUCCUGGUGGAGCUCGGCAGCCUGUCACCCCUGGGCAUCUCCGUGCUGCGUUGCAUCCGUCUCCUCCGCAUCUUCAAGAUCACCAGGUAUUGGACGUCCCUGAGCAACCUGGUGGCCUCCCUGCUCAACUCAGUCCGCUCCAUUGCCUCGCUGCUCCUCCUCCUCUUCCUCUUCAUCAUUGUCUUUGCACUGCUGGGCAUGCAGCUUUUUGGGGGCAAGUUUGACUUUGAGGACAUGGAAGUGCGGCGCAGCACGUUCGACAACUUCCCCCAGGCCCUCAUCAGUGUGUUCCAGAUCCUGACUGGAGAGGACUGGAAUUCAAUCAUGUACGAUGGGAUCAUGGCCUACGGGGGCCCAUCCUUUCCCGGCAUGCUGGUCUGCAUCUACUUUAUCAUCCUCUUUGUUUGUGGGAACUAUAUCCUCCUCAAUGUCUUCCUGGCCAUUGCAGUUGAUAACCUGGCUGAGGCCGAGAGCCUGACCUUAGCCCAGAAGGCCAAAGCAGAGGAACGCAAGCGGCGGAAGAUGUCCAGAGGUUACCCAGAGAAAUCUGAAGAUGACAAGCAGAUGCUGGCAAAGAAGCUUGAGCAGAAAAUGAAGGGAGAAGGGAUUCCCACAACAGCCAAGUUGAAAGUGGACGAAUUUGAAUCCAAUGUCAAUGAGAUCAAAGACCCCUACCCUUCUGCAGACUUCCCAGGUGAUGAUGAGGAAGAUGAGCCUGAAAUCCCCCUGAGUCCUCGGCCACGUCCACUCGCAGAACUACAGCUGAAAGAGAAGGCCGUGCCCAUGCCUGAAGCCAGCUCCUUCUUCAUCUUCAGCCCAACCAAUAAGUUUCGGAUGCUGUGCCACAGAAUUGUCAAUGCCACCUGGUUCACCAACUUCAUUCUGCUCUUCAUUCUGCUCAGCAGCAUCUCGCUGGCAGCUGAGGAUCCCAUCCGGGCCGAGUCCUUCCGCAACCAGAUUCUUGGAUACUUUGACAUUGGUUUCACCUCUGUCUUCACAGUUGAAAAAAUCUUGAAGAUGACAGCCUAUGGUGCUUUCCUGCACAAAGGCUCCUUCUGCAGGAACUCUUUCAAUAUCCUCGAUUUGCUGGUGGUCGCUGUCUCCCUCAUCUCCAUGGGAAUCGAGUCCAGUGCCAUCUCAGUGGUGAAGAUUCUCCGGGUGCUGAGGGUACUGAGGCCUCUGCGAGCCAUUAACAGGGCAAAGGGGCUGAAGCACGUGGUCCAGUGCGUGUUCGUGGCCAUCAAGACUAUCGGUAACGUUGUGGUCGUCACAACGUUGCUGCAGUUCAUGUUUGCCUGCAUCGGGGUCCAGCUCUUCAAGGGCAAGUUCUAUAGAUGCACAGAUCCAUCCAAGGUGACGGAGAAGGAGUGCAGGGGUUAUUUCAUCAGCUACGUGGACGGGGACCCCACACAGACUGAGCUACAGAAGCGUGUCUGGUUGCACAGCAACUUCCACUUCGACAACGUCUUCUCAGCCAUGAUGUCGCUUUUCACUGUCUCCACCUUCGAGGGCUGGCCAGAGAACCCGUGCGUGGAGGUGGAGCUGGUGAUGGUCCCUUCCACCUCGGCUCCCUGCUCUGCCACGCAAGGGCCUGCCAAGUGGCGCAGCAAGGCCACAGGAAUUGCAAGGGCGGUCCUCAGCCUGGCUUGGCAUCUGGCAGGUGCCCUUGUCUCCCUGUGGAGACACCUGCUGAGCACACGCAUCUUUGCCAGGCAAAAGAUGGGCCCGCAGAGCAAGAGGUUCUUGAAAGUCGUCUUCCUGUGGCUCCCAGUGGCUCUGGCUGGUGCUUACUGCGCGACCUCGCUGCCGGUGUGGACAACGCAGGCAAAGGGACUGAUAGAGGAGCUGACACGCGUGUCGUCGGCAAACCUGAAGAUGCUGUGGAACUUGCCCGUUUUGGUGGCGGAGGAAACCCAAAAGACACGCUCUCUGCUGGAGGAGGUGGCUCAGCUGAGGGCACAGAUCCGCAGUUUGAAGGAAGCUCAGGAAGUGAACCAGGCAGCGUCCAAGAAGGCUUUGGGUGCCUACAUCGAGAUGUCUGACUGGGCCCUGGAAAGCUCUGGUGCCACCAUUGACACGCAGAGAACUUCCGAGACCUACGACUGCCAAGAGAAUUGGGGCUGCAGGGUUUUAUGGUUCUUCCGCGCUGCCAAGCCUCCUGAGACUAUUUUGCAGGCGGAUGUUUCCCCAGGAAACUGCUGGCCUUUCCAAGGGCAUCAGGGCCAGGUGGUCAUCAGGUUGCCAGCACGAGUCCAUCUGACUGCCAUAACUGUGCAGCACAUCUCCAAAGACGUGUCUCCAUCUGGGACCGUCCUCAGCGCCCCCAGAGACGUCGCUGUCUUUGGAGUGGAUGCGGACGGAGAAGAGGAAACUCUCCUUGGGACGUUCACGUACGACGUGGCAAAAGAGUCUAUUCAGACCUUCCCUCUGAAGAACGCGCCGCUUCCCAGAGCCUUUCCGUCUGUCAAACUGCUUGUGGAGAGCAACUGGGGAAACCCAGCGUACACCUGCAUUUAUCGAGUGCAGGUUCAUGGGAAGAUGGCGCAACCAGAGAGCCCCAGGUGAAACCAGAGAGGAAAAAAAGUCCAACAUGAGAAAGAAGAAGAAGGGGAGGAAGAACAAAUAAAUCUAAAAGAUGUGGCAAUUGA